AUGGCUCUCGCUCUUCAUAUGCCGACAGCUGGCUGUGAGCAUCUAAACAGCGAGACAGUCGAGCAGAUCCGCCAGUUUCGGAGUUCCCCCACCAAUGGCAUCGAUCCAAACUUUGCCCAGUAUACAUGCUUGCAAUGCUCGAUGCCAGGAAGCUUCCCCAGUCUAGACAAGCACUUCUCCGAAACGCAGCACGGGUUUGCCGUCGGCCAGAAAUCCGUCUACUGUGCAGGCUGCCAUGACCUGGUCUACGACCCGGCCUUGCUGGGCAACGGCAAGAAACGCAAACUCACAGAGACCAGUGACGAAGACGACUCCUACUUGACCGCCAACACUGCGCAACGGCCAUGUGGCCGCAGCGGUGUGCGAGGCUUAUUCAACCUCGGCGAGACUUGCUACAUGAACGCCGUCCUACAGAUGAUGGUGCACAAUCCGCUGCUGGCCAGCUACUUCCUCGGCAUGGGCCAUCCGAUUCACACGUGUCCAAUCUCCAAGGAACCGGAAAAGAAGGACGACGCCUCCGACGAAGAGGAACAGGCCUCCGAGGACCAGGACCAGAAGAAAGAGCUGCAAGUCUGCGUGGCGUGCGGAAUGACUGACCUCUUCUCGGACGUCACCAUGGUUGACCAACCCCUUCCCGCGCACGCCGUGAAUCUUCUUUUCGCGUCUUGGAAGAACAUUCCCCAAAUGUCCGGUAAGGGCCAGCAAGAUGCCCAAGAAUGGUUCAUGUACAUCAUCGACCGGCUGCACGAGGCUGUGGCGCAGUACUCGACUCCGGACCAGACGAACAGCGUCAACGAGGCCAAUGGUAUUCCGCCCAUUGACAAGCAAUGCGUGUGCUUCUUCCACAAGGUCUUCUACGGCCGCUACAACAGCCAGAUCAUAUGCGACACCUGCCAUACCGUUUCGUCUCGAGAGGACGAGUUCUCUAGCAUCAGCCUCGACUUCAAGAAGCAGGUUAAGAGGAAGAAGAAGGCCGCCAAGGACGCCGCCGCUGCCGCCGCUUCUGCUGCCACCAACAAGGCCGACAAACCUCCUCUCAAGAUCGCCAUCCCUAACCUACACGAAUGUCUGCGCAGCUACACGGCUCCUGAACCGCUGAGUCCGGAACAAUACAACUGCACCACGUGCGACGCGCGACGGUCCGCCAGCAAGCAAACCCGCCUACGUAAGCUGCCGGCCAUCAUGUGCGUGCAUGUCAAGCGGUUCGGCAUGAAACAGGCGGGCAGCGGUGUCUGGCUACCAGAGAAGUACGAGGGAAAGCUCGAAUUCCCGCUGCAGCUGGACAUGGGCCCGUAUACGACCAAGCCGCCGUCGCCGAUGGCGACCACAACUAAUGGUGGCGAAACGAAACCCGACGCCUACAUGUACGAUCUGGAUUGCGUGGUCGUGCACCAGGGCGAGCACGCGCAGAACGGCCACUACUUUGCCUUCUGCAGGCAGGACAACAAGUGGUUCCGUUUCGACGACGAGAUCGUCUCGGCCACCACCACUGAGGACGUCUUGAGGCAGGAGGCCUACCUGUUGUUUUACUCGUUAAGAAGCCUCGAGAAGGUAUAG